AGACAACUCUGAAACCAAGAUUCCAUGUGGCAUCAAAUUAUUUUUAAUGAUGUGGUUGACUUGACAAAUAGAUCUGUGACAUUUAAGAGAUCAAAACUCCACAAACAUGUCAUGCAUCAAAAUCGUUAAUUAAUACUAAAUUUUCAAACUACAUCCUCAACUAAACCAAAACAAGUUGCGAAAUCAUCGAUAAAAUGCUUAUCAUCUUCCUUUUCUUAUCUUAUCAUAGAUAAUGAAAAGUUUCCUAACCGUUUCUAUAUAUGUGUAAAUUUGUAUGUAUACAUAAAUAUAAAGUAGUGGGUAACCUUGGCGUGAUGAAAAAACGUAUUUGCGGCUAGCUCCAAUGACGUAUAAAAGAUAAAACGCUUCAGUUUGAAUUUCGAUUCCAACAUGACGAUACCAAGCGAUUUAACGAAAAUCUCACCGAUCGAAUUUCAAGAGUUUAUAAAUUCUUUUGAUACCGUUUUAUGCGAUUGCGAUGGCGUGUUAAUUUUUGUUCAAAAACCAGUUGAAGGUUCCCCAGAAGCUGUGAUAAACUUUAAAAAAAUCGGCAAAUCAGUCCGAUAUGUUACAAAUAACUGCACGAAAACGAAAAAACUUUUUACCGAAUCUCUAAAAAAAGCCGGGUAUGAUUUAGAGGAGCAUGAUGUAAUAUCACCAGCGGCAGCUAUAAUCAAAUACUUAAAAAGCAUUAAUUUUGAUAAAAAACUUUUUGUCAUGUCGCUUGAUGGUUUACAAAACGAUUUAAUUGAGGCUGGGUUUAAAUUAGCAAAUACAGGGCCUCCUCAAGUGGAGCACGAAUCCAAAGCGAUUGUAUCAGCAAUUUUUGGUCUCGAUGAUGAUGUUGGGGCUGUUAUUAUGGACGUUGAUGUCAACAUGAAUUUUAUUAAGCUGCAAAGAGCAAUUUUGCAUUUAAACGAUCCUCAAGUUCUUUAUAUGACGGCCGCUUUAGACGAUAUGAUAACCAUCGCGAAAAAUGUUACAUUAAUUGGUCCACAACAUUUUCAUGGUAUCGUUCAAAAGAUAUCUGGAAGAUCUCCUUUGGAGUUUGGAAAACCGGGGCAAAAAAUGAUUGAUUAUGUAAAGAACGAAUUUAAAGUUGAUCCAAAUAGAACUUUAUUUAUUGGAGACACAUUUAGCGACAUGUCUUUUGCGCAUCACGCUGGGUACCAAAAAUUGCUGGUUUUAUCCGGAGUUGUGAAUAAAAGUGAUAUGGAAUCUUGCAAAGAUGAUACAUUAACACCUAAAUAUUAUUUGGAAAGUUUGGGGGAGUUAAAUAAUUUUCUGGAUAAAAUGCAACCUUCAAAAAAUUCAUCUUUAUGAUUUUAAAUAAAUAAAAUAAAAUCCUUUUAGUAUAGGCAA